AUGGCGACACUGGCAAUCAGAUUGAACGAGUUGGCUGCAGCGAAUGGUCAGGGUCUGUUAGAUGACGAUGAAUAUCGGAUUCUGCGUCAAGACGCAUUUGAACGAUAUGCUGGACUCGGAGAUACAGAAGGUGAAGGUUCUAGCGGAGGCAUAGUAUUCAUUGAGCCUUCCAUCACCCAGUCAAAUCAGUCAACGAGCUCGAUGGCGAUGAGCUCUGCGCAGCCUCGACCGAAGAAGCUUAAUCGGCGUCCGUCCGAAUCAAAGAUGAACAUUUUCGCUUCAACAUCGUCAGACAAGGGCAGAACCCCGACGAGUAAUAAUGUUAUAUCCUCAUUCAUUCGUCGAGCUACGUCUCCGCUGAGGAGCUUCGAGUCCCCACCUGGUCCUAGUAUAUUCCCCUCCAUUUCCAAGAAGAAUACCCAAGAGUCCACACUCUCUAGAUCGUCCUCGCGAAAGAACCUGAACUCUGGUCAUUCCCAUUCAUAUAUGCACUCAAUCCCAGACCCCCACCUACUAUCACCACCGACAAGUCCUACCCGACCUGUACAUACCCCUUCUCAACGUACAGCUGCCAAAGGUUCUUCAUCCCCCGUGAAAUUUUCUUCCAGUUCCUUCAAAUCGUCUACCCAGACUUCACUAUCCGCUAUGUCGAACCAUGACAUCUUCGAAGACGGCGGACUUUUUACCUCUGCCGACAUCCGGCGUGCAAUAUCAGAUUUGGACGAAGAUGCGAAAAAUGUGCUUCGGGCAUUCGAUGAACUAGAGGAAAGCGCGCUCAAGAGAACGAAAUCGAAGAACCAUUCAUCUAGAAGCCAUUCAGCCGCACCACCAUCUUCAUUCAGUCUAAAUUUGCUUUCAGCUCCCACAAUGCAACAUCGUUCGAGGUCAGACUCGGCAGCAACUGCAACCGUAAGUGGACGCUCUUCUGCUUCAGCUGAUGAUUCGCUGUCCAGGUCGGGUCAUCCACGGCUACGUUCGCAGUCUACUACCUCGAUUCAGCCUAUGACUAGAUUGGAUCCGCCUCAUAAAUCUAAUUCCAAUCUUGGCACUCCCCAUUCCACAUCUAGCCGAACUCCCACACUCCACCGGAAAGGCUCGGUUUCGUCUCUAGCCUCGUCGAUAUUCUCAUUGAAGGCCAAGGCCUCAAUGCCAUCCUUACCCUCUUUACCAUCCAUUCCCAGCAUUUCAACGAUGCCUAGCAUCACUAGAUCCCGGAGCGGCAGUGUCGCAUCAUCUACCACCUCGUCCAAUCCGUCCAACUCUGUCUUUUCGAGCUCGGGGAAAAGCGUCGAAGGAAUGCCGUCGAUGUCUACUGAAUGGAGCUCGUUUGGACAGGGAAGAUCGAGUACCUCUACGGGUGCUAGCAGUAUUCAUACUACCACCAGUACUUCGAGUACUGGGAGAACGAGCCUCAGCAGUGGACACGGACAUGCAUCUUCCGUAACAGCAGCUCCUCCCGUUCAUCGCUCUCGCUCCACCUCCGAAUUCAGCUCUUCGAAUUCUUCUGUCCAAUUCCGAGGGAACUCGACUAGCUCGGGUCGUGCAGGACCGUCUGGACAUAGUAAAUAUCGCUCAGGAGAGCGAGAGCGAGGCCGAACUAAGGGGGAUCAGGAUGGAUUGGAUGACCUGGAUGAAUUAGACGAAUUGGGUGAAAUUCACCAGAUACAGCAACGAAAACGGGAUGUGAUUGGGAGGUAUGAUGCUCGGAGGGAGUAUCUCAAGGCUAGGCUGAGAGGAGCUGAAUUGCAUGAGAAGGUUGUCAAAGGACGAUGA